AUGACAACUUAUCCUGAUUACAUAUCAAAAUUUAAUUCUGAAAUGUUCAUGAUCUUAGAUCCUUCUUCCGAAAAUAUUAUUGACAGUAACUAUCUAAAUGGCGAUUUAUAUCAUUUUUAUACCUUUAAUGAAGAAAUCGAAAUCGAGUUAGGAACGUCCAAACAUAUCAGAAAGAUUGGUGAAUACUGUGCAUAUGUACUUGUUAUAUUGGCAAUUAUUCUCGCAAGUGUUGCACAUGCAUUCUUUUUACUUUUACAUCCUCGUGAUUUUUCGGAUUCAUUAACGACACAAGAUCCAAGCGAUCCAAAUAACCCAUGGACUAUUUCUAAAACUUUUCAUCAAACUGAUGAAAAUGGAAAAGCUUUAAAACAAACUCUUGUUCAAACCCCUGAUGAAAAUACAAAUUUAUUUUAUUCAUAUCCCACUUCUCUUCUUGCAAUGUUCUUAUUCUUAACCGGUAAUUUUUUACGUAAUAACGAUAGAGCUCUGUAUUUAGCACAAAAAGCUGAAGUUAUAGCAAACAUUGAACUUUUUUACUUAUUCCCUCGUCAAAGACGGUUGAGAACUUGGUUUCCUGAAGUAAUACGUUAUCAUGUAGAUGUUGAAAUGGCUCGGAGAUAUAUAAAAGAAGCCAUUAAAAAAGGUAAUUGGAAUAUGGACGACUGGCCUGAAAUGAAACGCAAAAUUUUGAAACUUCUUAGCAUUGAAGAUGCUAUUAAACGAGAUUAG